UGUCGUUUUUUAUGUUUGUCUAAUGUCAAUGUAGUGACUAGAAUAACGCAAAAGGGCGGUCUGUGGCGUCUGUGUAGAACCGGUAAAAUCGGAGGGCUUUCAUGUUUGCCGAGAUACUUCGCUGCACCGUCAAAAAGAAGGUUCUAAAGUUUGUCCAGGAUGAAACAUGCCAGGGUGGUCGUGAUCGGAGGCGGUGCGGUGGGUUUCUCCACUGCUGUCUGCAUCGCCGAGACUCUUCCUUCCUGUUCUGUCACUCUGGUGGCCGAGAAGUUCAGUCCUGAUACCACCAGUGAUGUAGCUGCUGGGAUCCUGUUCACUGCAAACUUCCCAGAUGUCCCACUGGAAAGACAGAAACGUUGGUUACAGGACAGCUUUGAUCACCUGCUGGCCAUCGCUCACUCAGAACAUGCAGCAGAAGCUGGAGUCAUGCUGACCUCUGGUUGUCAGAUUUUCCGAGAGAUUCCAGAAGAUUGGAAGCCUUACUGGUCAGAGAUUCUGAUCGGCUUUAGAACCAUGACCGACCUUGAAUUAAAACAUUUCCCAGAACACAAGUUUGGUCAGGUCUUUACCACCCUGAAGAGUGAAUGUCCAACUUACCUGCCAUGGCUGGAGCAGAGGUUCAGGAAGGCCGGAGGUCAAGUACAACAGAGGAAAGUCUACAGUCUGCAUGAACUAGGAAACUACGACGUCAUCGUCAACUGCUCUGCCUUGGGGUCCAGUACGCUGAUGGGUGACACCCAGAUUCACCCCAUCAGGGGUCAGGUUCUCAAAGUGGAGGCACCCUGGCUGAAGCACUUCAUCAGAGAUGGAGACGGUAAAACCUACAUCUUCCCAGGCAUCCACAGUGUCACCAUUGGUGGGACGAGGCAGGUGGGAGACUGGAGACUGGAGGCUGACCAAGAAGACACCCAGAGCAUCCUGCAGCGCUGCAUCAAACUGGUGCCCUCACUCUCUAAAGCCAAGGUUCUCGACACCUGUGUGGGUCUGAGGCCGACCAGGACCAGUCCCAGGGUGGAGAAGGACGUGUUGCAGCUGCAGGGCCGCACGGUUCCGCUGGUCCAUAACUAUGGCCAUGGAGGCUGGGGCGUGGGCCUGGCCUGGGGCACCGCCGUGGAGGCCACACAGCUGGUUAGACAGUGUCUAAAUGAGAUGCCAUUACAGGCAAAAAUGUGAAGAAAAAAAAAUCUAAACCUUUCACUCUGCUGAUGCUGCACACAGGUAGCAGCACAACUGAUUAGGUCCACAUGUUAAACCCAGGAGUUUUUCAUGAGACACACAAGACUUAAAUUUAAAGUUUGUUUCCACAAAAUUAUUUUAAAUACAUUUAAAUUACUUUGUGUUAAAUAAUCCACACCUUUCAGUUUCUGGGUACAUGUCUACAAUGUGUUAUAAUCGGUAUAUGCAUUUUAACUGUGCAGAAAUACAAAGUGUAUCACUGCUCAGAAAUACAAAAAGUCCUAAAAAUAUAGUAAAGUAUGUUAGAUACGAUAGUAUGUCCUUCAAAAACUGUUGUAGCUUACCUUGAAAAUGUAGAAUUUAAGUCUCAACAAUUGCACAAUAAACAAAUUUGAAUAACUUACCUACCAUUGAGAUGAAGAUAUUUAAAAAUGUGAUUAAAAAUCAACAUACACGACAGAAUGUGUCCUUUUAUACACAGAACUUUACCUUCAGGAAGAGAAAAGGUCUGUCAUUGAUGAGCCUAAACAUCUGUGUGUUCUACACACAUCACAUUUUUAUUAAUUAAAAUGCUGUACAGAAAUUAUUAACAAAAACUGUUUAAUAAAAUCAUAAUUUUUACUGUAUUAGAAACAAAUGGAUGAUUUUAACUUGGCUGUUAAACUAUUUUUUUAAAAGCAUGUCGUACCUGCGAAGUUAGAGAAGGUUUUAUGGUCGAUAAUAAAACAAAACAAUAAACUGAAUUCUAUCAUCAACAA